GGCGGUACUGCGGCCCUCACUCCAUCGAGCAACGAAUUGUUACCAAACAAAGUAGCGCCGCUACAUAUCAUUUAUCAACCUCAGUUCACCAAGUGCAGUGCCUUUCUCGCCCUCUUUCAAAAUUGCCAAGUUUUCCGAUCUCCCGUUCGGCUGAUUUUUGCCUGGCGGUGGCGGCCAUAGCGGCAAGUGGUUGGUUGUAGCCGUGCGCCAAGUUAAUAGGGUUGGGAAGAUGGCGGCCAACGGUGGUGGUAGUGGAGAAUAGUCAGUCUUGAAGUGCUAUUUUUGCCAAACUAAAGCAAUGUUGGUGUGUUCGUCGUGCAUCCGAAACGUGUUGGCUGUGAACAUUUCUUGAUAGUCGGUGUGCAGAGGACCGGCGGGGACGUGCGGCGCUAGGGCAUGGUUGAAUGGCUGGGCCCCCGCGCCCGACACCCGGAGCCGCUGGCCUAGGCCUUGGGCUGCCUUGGGCCGACAGGCGCAGAGGCACAGGCUUUGAGUCCCUUUCUCGUCAAAGAGCGCUGCGCUGGGCUGGUGCUGACACCCUGUGUGUGAUACAGUAUGCAGAAACGUGAAGGAAGAGACAGAGAGAAGGAAAGCAACCGCGAAGAAGCAAACAAACGAGUAUCCAGGUCAAGCGCAGGCGGAGGAGGAGGCGGUCGCACUGGCAUGCAUACUAGUCGGCACAGCAUGUCCUCCAGCUCGGGGGUUCUCAUGGUGGGGCCCAACUUCCGAGUUGGAAAGAAGAUAGGAUGCGGCAACUUCGGGGAGCUAAGACUGGGAAAAAAUCUGUACAACAACGAACAUGUAGCCAUAAAGAUGGAACCAAUGAAGUCAAAGGCACCACAACUACAUCUGGAGUAUAGGUUUUACAAACUGCUAGGAUCUCAUGCAGGUGGAUUGUCUUCACGAGUGGAAGGGGCUGUUCAAGAAGCUAAGAAAAGAGACAUGGAUGACAUGCAUCAAGAUGGCGAGACACGGGUGCCGGAGGGUAUCCCAGAAGUGUACUACUUUGGUCCCUGUGGCAAAUACAAUGCCCUUGUCAUGGAGCUAUUAGGACCUAGCCUGGAAGACCUAUUUGAGGUUUGUGGCAGACGCUUUUCACUGAAGACUGUGCUCAUGAUAGCCACUCAGCUGCUCCAUAGAAUAGAAUAUGUGCACACUAGGCAUUUAAUCUACAGAGAUGUGAAGCCAGAGAACUUCCUUAUAGGACGAAGUACUAACAAAAAAGAUAAAGUAAUUCAUAUAAUAGACUUUGGACUGGCCAAGGAAUACAUAGACUUAGAAACGAACAAGCACAUCCCUUAUCGGGAACACAAGAGUCUUACUGGCACUGCUAGAUACAUGAGCAUUAACACUCAUCUUGGAAAGGAACAAAGUCGGCGUGAUGACCUUGAGGCCUUAGGACACAUGUUUAUGUACUUUCUGCGAGGAAGUCUCCCAUGGCAAGGUCUCAAAGCAGACACUCUGAAAGAACGCUAUCAGAAAAUUGGAGACACCAAGAGGGCCACACCAAUAGAAUCACUCUGCGAAGGUCAUCCUGAGGAGAUGGCCACAUAUCUGCGCUAUGUUCGACGUCUUGACUUCUUUGAAACACCUGAUUAUGAAUAUCUGAGAAAGUUGUUCCAAGAACUGUUUGAAAGAAGAGGAUAUGUUGAUGAUGGAGAGUUUGACUGGACAGGAAAGACUAUGUCUACACCCGUUGGAUCUUUACAAACCGGCCAUGAAAUAGUCACAUCACCAAAUAGAGAUAGGAUUCCUCCAGCUAACAAGGGAAAUGAAAGUGAAUUUGAGGACACAGAGGACGACAUGCUGCUUGUUGUUGAGGGAGCUGCAAAAGGUGUCCCAGCUUGGCCAGAUGUACCAAAUAAACAACCUAAUAAUACUCUGGGUAAUCUUACCCCUGCUGAUAGACAUGGUUCUGUUCAGGUUGUGAGCUCGACAAAUGGCGAACUUGCAAAUGAUGAUCCUACUGCUGGUCAUUCAAAUACACCCAUCACUGCAGCUGCUGAGGUAGAAAUUGUGGAUGAAACCAAGUGUUGCUGCUUCUUCAAACGUAGGAAGAAGAAGUCUGGUCGUCAGAAAUGACUAUCUGUGGUUGAGUGCAGUCCAGAAAGAGAAGCAGUGACUCUGUUAAGAGCCACAAGCCACUCGAACUCAAGGGACAGUAUCCUCAACAAUCCCAACCCUGUGCAAAACUAAGUCGAAGGGAAAAUGAAAGAGCAAUCUUGCGUGGAUGUGCAACUGUGCGAAUGUUAUGUAUGUGUGGUUUUAGAAGUUUGAAAUACUGUAUGCAUGUGAUUGCUUUUCUAUAUUUUAACUAAUUAUGUAUUUGCAUUUUAAUGGCUGUAUUUUAAAUGAAGUGAAUGCAGAAAUUCUGGCCCUGGUCCCUGUUUACCUGUGCUUGGAAUCAUGAUCACUUUUAUGUAAUAAGCAUUUUUUUUCUGCCUAGUAAAGCUACUGUCAAUGAUUUCUUCAAUGAUCAUUGAUAUUUGUUUUACCUCUUCAUUGUAUAUAUUUUAAGAUAUUUUAUGAUGUGGCUUUUAGAGAUUGCAAGAGAAACCUUUUGAGUUAAAUUUGUGCUCUGCAGACUGUAACAUUGUCUCUGCAGCAUUUGUACUGUGAUGGACUCACUGAAGAUUUCAGACACUGGAAUAUUCAUAGCUGUAGCUAAAAUCAUGAAGUGGUUAGUCACUGAGUUAAUCAACUUUAAAAAGCUCAGCAUCAUAAUGCUGUGCAUUAACAUGUGUUUUUAUAGAUUCUACACUGUUUGUGUUCAGUUGUAAAGAAAACUUGUGAAAAUACAUACCACUAUCGGGUUUUAAUUUGGUGCUUCUUUCCUGUAGUUUGCUUCUUUUCACCUCACUUCCAUCAACUAAUGAAAAUAUGAUACUCCUUUUUUUAUUAUGAUUAUUACUAUUAUUAUCAUUACCAUUAAUCAAAGGAAGUGCAUCAGGUUAUUUUAGAUUCUCAAGCUCAGGGAGUCAGAACUGAAAAGGGUUGGUCAUCCCUUAAACAUAAGUCUUCUUAAAUUCUGCAAAGCCUUAGCAUCUGUGCACUUAAAUUAAAUUGAAUUCAUGUAAUGUAAUACUGAAGGUUCUGUACAUUUCACUCGCUUGUUGAGCAAAAUUAAAUAGCAUGUUUUUAAAGUUUUGUUAGUGAUAUUUUUGUUAGUCAUGGUCAUGAGCUGGUACAGGUCUGGUGCAGGAGGCAGCUGAUAACAUGUGACUCUUAUUACCUGUACACACUAGUUAGCAUUUGACAUGCAGGUGUUUAUAGAUCCUAUUGUUACAUCUGUCCACAUUUACUGAUUGAAUGUUAUUUUAAUUUUAAAAAAAAGUGCUACGACUAAAAGACACUGAAGUUCUGAGAGCAAACAAAUUAUAUACCAGUAGAAACAAAUUGCGUACAUGAGGCUUUUUUUUAACUCGUUCAUGUUUUUUUCUCAUAUAAUUGGCUGUGUGAGUGAGUGUGAGUGCAUGUGAGUAAAUGAAAAAGAGAAAAUGGCAAGUAAUUGGUUAGGAUUUUAAUAUUAAAAAUCACGUUUUCCGUAGUAUGAAUUGGGGAAACAGACUACGAGAGGAAGAUGAUUUUGUACAUAAGUUUAUAGUACACGAUAUUGGAUUUCUUUUAAAGAAGGGUAUGUGAGGUGCUGUUGGGCUCAAUCUUCACACAGUUUUUGUUGUAUGAUAAUUUUAUUGAAACCUGGGUAAGGAAGCCAAGAGGAUGUACAUUUUUAAUGUGGUUUUUAAAGGCUGAAGUUUUUGUCGUUGUUCUGUUCUUUGUUGAUCAUCCUAAUUUUGUUUUUAACAUUUCAGCCACUUCUUCACUUUCUAUAAUUCUGCUACUGUUUUUUUUUUUAAAAAAAAAGACUGACAAAGUCUAUUUAGUUUUAUUUGUCGAACUGGAUACUUCAAAGUGUGUCACAUCAUUUUCCACAUCAACAGCCCUAUGAAUACUAACAUUAAUUCACUCCCUGUGCCAAAUUUUUCGUGACAACUUAUCUGAUGUUUUCGUUCAUCCUCUGUUCACUGUGUCGAAUGUCAUCAUUAAUUUUCCUUGAUGAGUACUUGAUAUCAAUCAAACUACUUCUGCCUCUAGCAAUAAAAAGCAUCGUGCUUUAUUUUGCUGGGCGCAAGCUAUAUUUUUGGGAAAUUAAGGAGAGGAGAGAACAAAUUGCCAGGCAGAGAUCUCCAUUUGCAUUCCAAAUUUUGACAACAUUCUGCUUCAAUUUCAAAAAUGCAUUUGUUGGAAGUUAUGAAUGAAUAUGGUUUAGGUAUGAAACUAUAGAGAUGCAGGAAAAUAUUGGGGUCGUUGAGAGCUUUUAAUGUUGUAUUAUUACAAAGGCACUAUGUACUUGAAAAUAUCCUUUCAUCAAUGAACUCAAAACUGCUAUUGUCUUCAAUUACCUAUGCUUUAAAAAAUUAAAAAAAAAAAUCCAUACUAUUCAAAAUGGUCACAUCUAUUUACUUGCACUCAGAACCAACCUACCUUUGUAUGGGAGUGUGCUGACUUGUAAAUGUUGCUUUUCAUUGCUUCUUGCUUAACUACCAAAUUCUUGUGGGUAACUUUCAAUUACGCAAGAGAUUAUUUUACUUGGUACUUCAUUUCUUUGUCUGCUAGGAGAUAGGCAUGUGGAGAUUGACUGAUUUGAUUUAGUGGUUUAUGAAUGGGUAUUAUCAAUUUCCUAUGCUUAAAUGAUGAGCCUUCAUAAGCUUAUUUAGGAGCAAAAGAAAUUUCUACUAGUGUGUUUGUGCGUGUGUUUAGAGUUAAUUUCUUGUUCAUGAGUCCAGGAAGACAAACUGUUCAAAGGGUUGACCUUUCAAAUGCAUUCUUGAACAAUUCACCAUUCUAGAGCUGCAGUUUGCAUUUUUUUGCAGCUCUAUAUUAUUUACAUUGGUGAACUUUGAAGACCUAACAGACUUUCUGUGUAACUUUUUUCUUUUUGAUAUAGUAGCUUUCUUGAACAUUGUGGUGGAGGAGAUCCUUAUCCUUUAAAUUAUGUCAUUUUUUUUUCUCAUUUUACAUUAUUGUGUUCCUCUUUACGUAAGCUAGCAAUGGUUAGCUUGAAGCCAUCCUUUCUACUUGUGGCGACUGAUUCUGAUAGUUACGCUUGCUAAGCUGCAUAUUAAUUAAUUUAGACUGUGAUUGUAAUGCAUCUCCAUGCAUGCAAAACCAUGGCUUUCCUGGAAACAAUUUUAACAGCUUUGUUUCUUGUUUUGUAUCUUUGUUAUAUAUUGUGUAUUGGUGCACAUUAAGUUACUUAAUUGUGGUACCUGUAAUACCGAGUUUAUAGGGUAUUGUUGUCUUAUCUUGAGCUCUGUCGGGAGGAUUGAGAAGCCAACAGCCCAUGUCCUCUUGAAAGUUUUCUUGGUUUAAGUGAAUGUUGUACAUAAAUUUUUCUUUUUUUGUUUCCAACCAUAACUUAUGUUGGUUGUGUAAUUACAGAACAUUAUUGAUUGUCUUCUAAACUCAUUUUUUGUUGUUGUUGUUUGAUCACGAAGUCUUUUCAGCUAAAUUUAAUUAUCUACAAACCUGCAUAUGUAUCUCGCAAAACUGACUCAUUUGCCUGCAGUAUUUUUUGCUUAAGCUUGUUUGAUGAGGGCCCAUGAGUACUGACAAGUUUUAAACGCAUUUUCAUUGUUAUUUUUAUCUCUGACCUUAUCGGCUUUUUUAUGUUUGGAAGUCAUGAACACAUGCUUUUUACUCUAACUUUUGAAUUUCUGUCAACAAUGUGCACUUGGUUUGUGGUGCUGUGCUACAGUUGCUCAUAAAACACAGUCUAAAAAUUGGAUCUCAUUUCACUCAACUGUUAUUCAUGAGGUAUGACUUAUCUAACAUGCCUUCAAGUCAGCUUUUUAUAUGUUUUGCAUUGCAUGCUGUUCUGAAGUAUUCAUUCAAUGAUUGAUAUUUUUAUAUUUCAUUUUGUUUUCAUGUUUGUUGUAACACAGUUUGAUGACAGAAUGGUGCAAAUUUUAAGUUUCUUCUGUUCAUUCAACGUUUUACGUUAAGUUUUGUGGGUACAGAAGUGUUGAUGCAAUUAGAAUGACGAACUGACUUGCUUACUUUUACACCAACAUUUUCUUGUAUAUUUGUAGCUUGUUUUGGAUGGAAUGCAGCUGGUGUGAAUGGGCACUGCAACAUGCUGUGAUUUAAUGAAUGCUUUUAUCUUGUCUGCCCAUGAAAGACUCAUUCCUGUCAGCUAGAUUCAUAAAUAAUUUCUGAAACAUAGUGUCUGAAUACCUUGAUGAUUUGGAUGGAGGUUUGAUGUGUGUGAGAAUAUUGUGUCUGUGCUGACAGUUGUGUGUUGAUAUUGUAAAAUUUAUCCUGCUGUACUGAAAAUGUCAGACUUAAUUCUUUUUGAGGAUUGAAUAUUUGUUUCUAUUUUUUAAUUAUUAAGUCCAAGUUGAAGUCAAAUAAACUGUAACAAUAUU